GGCGGCAGUUGGCGGCGCGCGGGACCGGCUGGCUGCUGGCUUGAGCGGGACCGGAGCGGAGGCAGAGCGAGGCCGCGCCAUGGUGGAGAAGGAGGAGGCGGGUGGCGGCAUCAGCGAGGAGGAGGCGGCGCAGUAUGACCGGCAGAUCCGCCUGUGGGGGUUGGAGGCCCAGAAACGGCUGCGGGCCUCCCGGGUGCUUCUUGUCGGCAUGAAAGGACUGGGGGCUGAAAUUGCCAAGAAUCUCAUCCUGGCAGGAGUGAAAGGACUGACCAUGCUGGAUCACGAACAGGUAUCUCCAGAGGAUCCUGGAGCACAGUUCCUGAUCCGGACCGGGUCUGUUGGUCGGAAUCGGGCUGAAGCCUCCUUGGAGCGUGCCCAGAACCUCAACCCCAUGGUGGAUGUGAAGGUGGACACUGAGGAGAUAGAGAAGAAGCCGGAGUCGUUCUUCACUCAGUUUGAUGCUGUGUGCCUGACUUGCUGCUCCAGGGAUGUCAUAGUCAAAGUUGACCAGAUCUGUCACAAAAACAGCAUCAAGUUCUUUACAGGAGAUGUUUUUGGCUACCAUGGAUACACAUUUGCGAAUCUUGGGGAGCAUGAGUUUGUGGAGGAGAAAACCAAAGUUGCCAAAGUCAGCCAAGGAGUGGAAGAUGGACCUGAUACCAAGAGAGCAAAACUUGAUUCAUCUGAGACAACUAUGGUAAAAAAGAAGGUGGUCUUCUGCCCCAUGAAGGAAGCACUGGAGGUGGACUGGAGCAGUGACAAAGCCAAGGCCACUCUGAAGCGCACAACUUCUGACUACUUUCUCCUGCAAGUGCUCCUGAAAUUCCGCACGGAUAAAGGAAGAGACCCUGGCUCUGCCACGUGCGGGGAAGAUGCUGAGCUGUUGCUGCAGAUCCGAAACGACGUGCUGGACUCGCUGGGCGUCAGUGCUGACCUGCUGCCUGACGACUUCGUCAGGUACUGCUUCUCCGAGAUGGCCCCGGUGUGCGCGGUGGUUGGCGGGAUCUUGGCACAGGAAAUUGUGAAGGCCCUGUCGCAGAGAGACCCUCCUCACAACAACUUCUUCUUUUUCGAUGGCAUGAAGGGGAAUGGCAUCGUCGAGUGCCUUGGCCCCAAGUGAGCCCGAGGCUUGACCGCGCCCUUCUCCCCGGAAGUGAAGGCUCUGGCGCGGGCUGUGCGGAUGUGCCGCUGCCCCUACGCCGCCAGCCGCCUGCGUCCUGGGCUGUCUCCGCGGCAGCAGCCCUGCAGCCCUCCCGUCCCAUCGCUUAGGCCCCUCUUGCCCCCCUGGACCUGCUGCCUGCCCGACAUGGGGCAGGGAGGAACUCCAGGUGGGGGCGAGGCUCAGGGCCGCAGCUCCUCGGGUGCCUGGAGGGAGGGGCCGCGCGACGGGCCGCGUGGGUCUCCAGAGUUUGAGAUCCUGGAAAACAACAGGUGGCUCUUCAUUUUAGUUUAGGCUUAGUCAAGUUCCAGCCUGGGUCGUGGAAGCCAGGAAAUGUCACCCAGCUGCGUAUUAGUGGCAGAGGCUGCUUUGAGAGGGCAGAUCCCGGGUCGUGCCCUGGGGCCUCGGGGCUGGGUUGGUGGGGCCGGGUGCCUGUGAGGCCCUGGGCAGCCCCUCUGUGUCCCUGAACCACAGCUGUUUGUAUUUUACAUGUUUGCUGUAUUUUCCUUGUGUGUUUAAAAAGGAAUAAUGGGAAUAAAGUUGUUUGCUU